AACGGCGGCACAUUUCUACCCACGACACCGCCUCUUCAGUCUUUGAAGCCUCAACUCUGUUACCAAACUAGCUUAAACAUCUGCUUUGUCCGAGAAACACACCACUCAGGUCUGCAAUUUCUGCUCUUGGUUUCAAAUCACUGCUAUUUUUUCAUUGUAAGCAUGGAGUUCUGAGUAUUGGGUUCUUAGUUCUGUUAUACACAAGUAGGUUAAAAGUUAUGGAUUUGAUAGUACCCACAAGGCAAACCCCUGAUGGGUUUUGCUCAUUUCACAAACUUCAUAGUGGUUUUGGGGGCAGGAUUAGUAAUAAGCUGAGUAACACUCCAAGUUCUUCAAGGGUCUUUGUGGGCUGCAAAGGGCGUGUUCUUGUUAUGUCUGAUAGCAUUCGGUGUAGGGCACAUGAUGGUUAUAGGCGAAAGCGAGUAGUGGCUGUGUCUAAAGUUGAACAGCUUAGUUCCAAUGGUAGGUUGAAGAAUGUUGAGAAGACCCCAAAUAGGAGUAUCAAUGGAGCGGAUUCUUCUAAUGGUUUCGAGGAAUUUGAGAGUAACAAUCAGCUCCGUAAGCUGGUGAGAAAUGGUGAGUUGGAGGAGGGGUUUAGGUUUCUUGAGAGCAUGGUGUACCGGGGUGAUAUACCGGAUAUCAUUGCUUGCACGAGUUUAAUCCGUGGGUUUUGUAAGAGUGGGAAGACAAGGAAGGCGACGCGGGUUAUGAACAUUCUAGAGGAUUCAGGUGCUAUUCCUGAUGUAAUAACAUACAAUGUUUUGAUUAGUGGGUACUGCAGGGCGGGGGAGAUUGAUAAUGCCUUGAGGGUUUUGGACAGGAUGAGUGUUUCCCCAGAUGUUGUGACGUAUAAUACAAUUCUGCGUACGUUGUGUGAUAGUGGGAAAUUGAAGCAAGCUAUGGAAGUUCUUGAUCGGCAGUUGCAAAGGGAGUGUUAUCCUGAUGUGAUUACUUAUACCAUACUGAUUGAAGCAACUUGCAAGGAAAGUGGGGUUGAGCAGGCAAUGAAGCUUCUGGAUGAGAUGAAGAGCAAAGGAUGUAAGCCUGAUGUUGUCACAUAUAAUGUUCUUAUCAAUGGGAUUUGCAAGGAAGGCAGGCUGGAUGACGCAAUCCAAUUCUUGAAUGAUAUGCCGUCCUCUGAUUGCCAGCCAAAUGUUAUUACUCACAAUAUCAUUUUGCGUAGCAUGUGUAGUACUGGGAGGUGGAUGGAUGCCGAAAGACUAUUAGCUGAAAUGGUUGGAAAAGGUUGUUCUCCUAGUGUUGUUACUUUCAAUAUUUUGAUAAACUUCUUGUGCCGAAAGGGUUUGUUGGGUCGAGCAAUUGACAUUUUGGAGAAGAUGCCUAAACAUGGUUGUACUCCAAAUUCCUUGAGUUAUAACCCAUUGCUUCAUGGAUUUUGCAAGGAGAAAAAGAUGGACAGGGCCAUUGAAUAUUUGGAUAUAAUGGUUUCUAGGGGCUGUUACCCUGACAUUGUCACCUACAAUACUUUGCUCACAGCAUUAUGCAAAGAUGGAAAGGUUGAUGUUGCAGUAGAGAUACUUAAUCAAUUAAGUAGCAAGGGUUGUUCUCCUGUUCUAAUUACAUACAAUACAGUGAUUGAUGGGCUCUCAAAGGUUGGGAAAACAGAGCGGGCCAUAGGGCUAUUGGCUGAGAUGCGUCAAAAAGGUCUAAAGCCUGAUAUAAUCACUUACUCUUCACUUGUAGGAGGGUUUAGUAGAGAAGGAAAGGUUGAUGAAGCAAUCAAGUUUGUCCGUGAUUUGGAAGGGAUGGGUGUCAGGCCAAAUGCUAUCACUUUCAACUGCAUCAUGCUUGGGCUUUGCAAGGCAAGACAAACUUCUCGGGCAAUUGAUUUCCUUGCAUAUAUGGUAUCAAAAGGAUGUAAACCUACUGAAGCAACAUACACCAUUCUCAUUGAAGGCAUAGCUUAUGAAGGCCUAGCAGAAGAGGCUUUGGAGUUGCUCAAUGAGCUGUGCCAUAGAGGGGUGGUGAAGAGAAGUUCAGCUGAACAAGUGGCAGUGAAGAUGUAGCCUGGUGGCUAUUCUUUUGCUCUGGUACGGUAGGUCAGUGUUGAUUUUGCCUUUGGAUUUCAUCAGCCUCGUUUCAAAGAAAAUGAUUUUCCUGAGUUCAACAUAUGUUUUUGUCUACUUACCCAUUUUCUUUGUCAUGAGGAUUAAAAUCCAGAAUCAAUUUUGUUAGUUACACCAUGUAACCUUGGCCUCACUUUGUUGGAUCUGUCUCUUUAUAGUGGUGAUUACAUGGUAGUCUCUGCUGUAGUGCUCAUAAUAUAAUAUAUACUUUUCAUCAGUAUUUUA